CGUUCCAACCAUGAUAAACCCCGACCCACCUCCUCCAUACACCGUAUGACCCAAUAUGCAUGUUGUUCAGGGGUGUAAUAAAGGGAUUUGCUCCACCAUCUGCUUCUACUCGUCUCUCAAUGUCAGAACCUUGUGUAUAUUCCGUCAAAAAUUAGGAAGGAACUUCUGGGGUUUUGAGGGUCUUCGGCUCAAAUAAUCCUAGCGCGACUGUUCAAUCCGUAAUCGAUGAGAAGCUCCUCGGUUAGGAGGUUUUAGACUACACUAAACGUACAUUUCGACUUCGAAUGCUUAAUGCAAACACGACGUUCUUUCUAUAGACAUUCAACAACAGAUGAAGCAUUACUGUUAUCAACAACUUAGUUAAUGUUAAUGCUACUGCUAUAAACCUAAAACACAACUUAUUUUUACACCAAAAUAGAACUAGAACUACACAACAAAAUUUUUACUAGUCCGCAAUAAUACAAGUACAACUUAAGUACGUUAGACUAUCUCAUAACUAAGCACACCCACUACUACUUUCUGCUUUCUUCAUUAUUCCGAAAGCUCUUCCGACGAAGACGAGGACGACGCAUCGUGUGAGUCUCCUGCGCAGACUUCGACGAUGAAGGGUGGUGCACCUGGAGUGUACAAGCGAGAGCGCGAACGCGAUCGACAGCGUGUUCGUGAUGAUCGAGUUACCGAUCGUGUUGUUGACGGUGAGCGUGGUGGUGGUGCAGCCUCGCGACGUGAUCGUGACGAGUGGUCUUCUCGUCAGGUGGGUCGUGGAGGUGGUCCACGUCGUGGCGCUGACGAACGUGGAGCUUCAAGAGGAGGACGGCAAGAUGAAGAGAAGACGAAAAAUCGCAAUGAAGAUGUCGAUCAAGUGGAAGAAGAAGAUGCCCAGACGAAACAACAACGUCAAGCAGCCUUACUGAUGCAACAGGCAGCUGCGCUCUUGGGAGCCGACGGUCCUCUUGGAAGCGAAAUGAUGAGUGAGAUGAUGGCGAAGUUGAACAAGAAGACAUCUACUUCUAAGCAAACUACAUCCGAUCGCGAUGAUGAUGUUCGCAGUAUGAAAAGCAACAGACAAGAACAAGUACAACAAGUUGUAAAAAAGCCAGCCGUUCUAAAAAAAGUGGAUACCGGAAAUAUAAGUACAACUGGUCGUUGUGCUGGAGCAGCUGCAGGUGAGACAGCACAUCAGCAGAGCGGAUUAUCUUCUUCUAACAAUGACAGCAGCAAUAACUACGACAGCCAUAACGAUCAUAGCGAGGCUCCUCGGUCUCAAAAGGUCGCCCAAAAUGCUCGUUACAAUUAAGGACUGUAGUACGUUGACCGAUCUGUGCGCAUAUCAAUAUCUAUGGCUUCUUCAAGUAAGAAAAAGAAAGUCAUAAAAAAUAUGCGAGCUAGAUCGCUCAACUUCUAUUCGUUCCAAACGCUAAUACAACUGCCGACGGCGCAGUCGCUCUGGCAGACGUGAACGUGAUCCUCAAGCUUCUAAAGCGCCGGUUCGUGCUUUGCGUGCGCAUGAGUCUGAAUCCUGUUCCGAAAUCGCGCGACGACCAACACGUGACCUUGUGCAACAGCUGUUUGGCAAGAACCACCAUGAUCAUCAUGAACAACGGCGUAGUACCGCAGUGACAACUACAGCUAGUUGUACCCAGAAACGAGGAGGUGCCCAAGAACUAAAAGCUCGAGAUGACGGCCGUCGCCCGAGAGCUCUUACUGAGGAGAGUGCGAGUGGUGUGGAACGUGAGCGGGCACCUCGCAAUGAUUCACGACAACAGAACAACUAUCGUGAUCGAGAACGGGAUCCGCGCGCUAACUCUACUAGAGAUGCCGAUGCGAGUGGUCGCAAUGCAACUAGAGAAGGUCCGACAAGUAACAGCACAACAACUCGAGGAAGAAAUGAUCGCGCUACUUCUCGAAGCAGAGAAGCAGCUGCAUACAAGAGACGGGGAGAUCGUGAGGAUGUCAGAAGUUCUAAUGAUGGUACGCGAAGCCGUAGACCAGAGGUGAGCGAGCCGCCGUCUCUUUUGGAGCUGUACAGUAACCUUCUUCGAGGUGGUGCUUCUACUUCUUCUAAACGAGGCUUGUCUGGAAAGGACAGAUCAUCUUCGUCUUCGGGUAUGAAGGAUCAUGAGCGCGAUCUUGUUGCUCACCCUGGCGCAGCCGCUGGUGUUUUGGGUUUGGCGUCGUUGUUGCACUACAACGAGGCCGCCGCCGCAGCGGGAGCUGGUUUGUUGGAUCCGACAAUCUUGUACAAGUCUCUUGGAGCUGCUGCAGGACUCCCGCCUUUGAUGAAUCCAGAGCUUUUACAAGGACUCACCGGAGCAGGAGGACGCGGAGCAGUUGCUCCUAGGGCUUCUCUUGGCAGAGGCCGUGCUCGUCCUGGAGGUACGUCUGCUUCUUCUAGACGUGUGGAACAUGAAGAUGUUGACGAUCAAAUGCCAGGCAGACGCAGUGGUCGCCCUGGUUUUUCAUCUCGUAGUAGAAGACAGGGUGGUAAAGGAGCAGGACGUCUUGAUCAUCGUGAAGAGUCGUCGAGAGAAGUAGGAGCAGCACGUCGUGAUGAUGAUGAUUCCUCCAGACAACGUCUAACAACUACAACACGAGGAAAAGAUCAUGAGCGUGAGGAUCGUCGUCAGCAACAGCAGCUUCGGGAUCAUGAACGUGGAACACGCGGGCAGCGAGGUGUUGGCCGUGAGGAAGAACGCCAACGAGGUGUUGACCGGGAGGAUCGCCGCAGGCAAAACGAAAACUCAGCAAGGGAUGGACAAAACAAGAGAGAGCGCAGUCGCAGCCGGUCUCGUAUUGCUGCAGAGCAGGAGAAAAAGGGAGCAGCUGCUAAUGAUCGCACUAACAGAUCUAGUAUGUUGGAUCGUCGUGUUCCUUCUACUAACGAUGCUGAAAGAGGAACAAGAGGAAGUAGAGCUGCACUCGAUGCAAAUAAAGCGGAUGAAACCACAUCUUCAACAAGAGGAGGCAGAGCUGCCGAAGAGCCCACAUCAAGAAAGGUAGAAGUAAGAGGGGCCAGAGGAGUUGCGGAAGAGAAGAACGUAGAAGGUUCAGGAGAACCAAGAGGACGAGCUGAAGAAGAGCACAAUAAGAUAGAGAAACUAGCAGCCAACAGGAUGGUCGUGAGUAGCAAGUCCUCUGCUGAACAGGAGUCUCGAUCAGAGUCGGAGAGCAGAAGCAGUUCCUCCUCUAGAAGCGUGGAGCAGGAAAAGCCGGAACCUUCCAGUUCCAGAUCGCCUGAUCAGGAGACUAUGAACAAGAGACCCGCUGCUCCGGCUUCGCUUCCUUCAGUUGUACAAGAACAGCAGAGCAGCAGAAGAAGUGCCGCAGAAGAAGUGCCUCGAAGCAAUGCCAACGAGAACAAGAGACGUCGAAGAUCGUCGCCCGCUUCUUCAGCGUCAAAGAGAUCAUCCAAGAGUAGUCGCAGUUCAUCAAGAUCUUCAAAGAGCAAGAGUUCUUCCCGACUUUCCUCUUCCAGUUCUAGAAGUGAAAGCAAAGGGACACGAAGAAGUGUGAGAGGAGGUAGAAGAAGUGUGAGAGGAGCCGAAGAUCAUCAAGGGACAGAAAACAAUAAGACUACGAUGGAAGACCGCAGGAAAGCCGCACUGGUUCAUCCCGCAGAGACUGAAGAUGACAAGAGCAUGGAAGCGCGCAGGAAAGCCGCGCUUGCUGCGGCGGUGCGCAGUGGUCGGUUGAUAGCUCCUGCAAAAAUCUCAGCAGCUUCUAGUACCGAUAAGCGGACUGGAGCUCCUGCCGAUCGCACUACUGGAGCUCCUGCCGAUCGCAGUACAACCAGAGGAACUCCUAAUCUUAUCGGUCGUGACAAAGUCGUGGACUCCAAAUCUAAUACGAAGGCUCCUGUAGUCACGAAGGGUAAAGGGAAAAGGCUUGAUGAAAUGCAGCCGCGAAGCCCUGUUGAGGAAGACACCAGAAGAAAGACGACUCAACCGCCUAGUACUUUUCAGCGACGUCCCGGAAGCUGCAAUAGAAAUUCGAGAAGUCCUCGUAGAGGAAGAAGAAGCGUCGGCGUCGCUCGUGAGGGCCGCAGUGUUGCUAGAGGACGGGCCAUUGACUUGAGGUCUCGACAACGCCGCGACGAUUCGAGCUCCUCUCUUUCUUUACGAUGCUCGGACGAGUACUCUCUUUCUACUACUACUUGCUAUAUUUAUUUGAUGUUCUAAUUCUUGACCAUCUAAGGAUCAAAAGCUUAUUUGAUGUUCUAAUUAUAUUAUAAUUCGAAAGGAAAAUCAAUGACAAUAAGGAGGGGGAAGUGGAUAAGAAAUCUCACGAUGAUGAUUACUUCAAUACUUGUAGUUCGGCUUUUGGUCAUGUUCUUGUGCCAAUCAUGAGAAUUACGUCUUUGUAAAACUUCUAACUCUCUCUUCGAUUUCGCGCUCGAGAGGGCCACAGCGAGGGAGGAGUGGACGUCGCGGACGUAGCGGAUCGGACAGGUCUAGAUCCAGAGCACGUGGUGUAAGGAGGGAUUUUGGUCCAAGCUCUCGUAUGGAACAAAACCGUUCUACUUCUGUGGCCCGGGGGGGCAGGAUGGAUCGACCUCGUGGAGAGAUCGAGCGACCCUCUCAUUAAGGCUCAAAGGGAUUCAUUUUCGAGGGUUACUUAUCUUUCUUUGUGUCCUUCUACUUCUUGCGAUCCAACUUCUUGAGAAAUGAGCUAAAGAAAUGAAAGAAUGCUUUGAGCUCUAAUCUCAGGCUCGUGCCAGGCCAAAUGGUCCACUCCGUUUUGGCGCUAGGGCUGGCAAAGGAGAUCCUCGAAAAGAAGACGUUGAUGAUGAACAAAGCAGGGAUGGUCCCAGAGAUGGUCCUGAACGAAGCAGAGAUGCUCCUCGUCGAAAUGAGGGAAGGAACGAUGGCACCAAAGGACGAGAUGGAAGUAGAGAGACAGCCAACCGUGGUCACGGUCGUGGUGCUUCUGUCGCAAGAAACUACGGAACAUCUUCCUCUUCAAAGAGUAACGUAAAUGCUUCCUCGAGUAGCACCAGUACAACUGCCGGCGGUAACUCAUCAUCUUCAUCUGCAUCGAAAACGCCAGCAGGAGAGGAGAAGGAGAAGCGUCGAAGCUUGGCUGGUAUUCCGGAAGAACCUGAAGAUAAAUAUGAGAACAAUAAGGACAAGAUGAGAGCAUCUACAGCGUCGUCUAAGUCUAAGAAAGGAAACGCAGAAGCUGGAGGAGACUCUGAUAACAAAAACAAGAACAAUAAAACUACUCCAGCAGCAACACCAGAAGCGAAGGCGAAUGCCCUUCCUUCCGACUCGCCGCUCAAUUCUCCAGCGGUGCGGCAUAAUUGUUCUAGUCUUGCGUCUUCCCUGUCCUCCUCUCCAUCGCUGUCGCAAGACGAAAUCCGCAAGCUGCGACAGAAAAACGCUGCAGAGCGACUUUAUGAGGUUCCGCAUUCCAGCACUUACACGAGCUUCCUCAGUCAGAGAAACCCGCAGCAAAUUCGCUUCAAUAUUCUUAUGGCUGUUGUCAGCAUUUCGGUUGUUUGUCGUGAACGUGAAGAUGUUGAUGAUCGAUGUAGCUCUAGUAGAUCAUCCAAUCUUACUCUUUUUACACGUUGAUGAUCGAUGUAGCUCUAGAUCAUCGUCCAAUCUUACAACUCUUUUUAGUCUGCGACUCCUAGAUUUGAUCCGAUCCUUCUCACUACAGUUGCGUCUCUGGUACCGUCAUUUAGUUGAAGAUUUUUGCUUAAAACUUUCUUUUUCUUCACUCAUCUCUUUCUUGACCCUUUCCAUACCCAUUGCUCUCCUCUAACGUUGAAAUGAAGCAAUUGCAAAUGCAAGCGAAUGGGCAACAGUCAGGUACUGCAAACCCGAAGCCUGCGUCCCUGAUUGGUGGCGCGGUUGGCGCCUCCCUUGGCAACUCCUGUGUCGCCAAAAGUCCGCCUGCUCCUCAACUAGCCCAAGAAACGGUCUCACUGGAGACUGGACCACCUCCCGCACAAUCCAAAGCGUCUGGGAUGCCCAUGAAGAACAGAAAUGCUAGAGCAGAUUCUGGCGCAAGUCCGCUUGUCUCAGAUGUAUUGCAAAAAAUAACUUCAACUUCUUCUACUACAGCAGGAGCAUCGAUAUCUGAAACCAACUCCAGAGCUCCAGUAGCUCCACCUUCUUUAAGGGUUUCCAGAUUGCAUCCUUCUCACCAACAUCCCACCUGACUCUACUUUUUCCAGUACGAAAUAAGUCAGGGUGGAGGAUGUGCUGAAGAAUGCAAAAAUGUCGGAACCUCUAACUUCUCCACCGGUUGAGCUAACAUCGUCUAAGACCAUGCAAGGCACUGUAAGCGACAACAGUGCUGGUGAUCUAGCUCCUGUCGCCCACAACAAGGCUGAUCAAGAGAAUGUGAAGUUUGUUCCUGAACCGGACGCCGCGAACAAACACUAUGCCGCGAUGGCAGACUACUACAAAAAGAACUUCCCGGAAAAACUUGCCGAACCUGGAAAAGGUGAAGUCGUAGUUCAGGAUGAUGGUACUACGAGUGAUAGCGUUUCUUGUUGUGAUUCACUAUUUUUUAUGUUGAAGUACAAGUCGUGUACUGCUGGUGCGCGAGGAAGUGUAGAACUUCUAUGACAAUAUGGAAUUCUCAACAUCUUCUCCGGCGUGUUAUUUUGUUAAUUCCAAUAUAGAUCUACACAAAAUAAAUGAACAUCAAUGUCAAUCUUCAUCCACCAUUAUAUCUGUUCACCAGGUGGCAGUGGCUCCCCAUCUUCUGGAGUACUACCCGCUCCGCCGAGUGCGGGAGGCGUUUAUAACCACUUCGUAAAGGCCGGAGAGAACCCUGCACAGCACACGAAGCAUCUGUUUUCACAAGCGGCAACGGUAAGAGCGUCUGGUGUAGUUCGUGUCACGUCUUCUGUAGAUGAUACCACGACAACAACGGUUGAUGCAUGUGCAGAUCAUUCUGGUGCUGAGCUCGUCAAAGGUCAUGAAGAAGAAAACGUUGCGCUUGAGGCUGAGCAAGAGUCGCAUGCUGAAGUCGGGGAACAAGAGUCGCAUGCUGAGCAUGCUGAGGAGGCAGCCCAGCAGGAAGAGGACGCUGUGGAAGAUGACGCGGAAGAUGUAGUCGUGGACGAUGUCCAAGACGCAGUGGAUGUCCAUGAGGAAGAAACUGGCGAAGCAGGGCAGCAGAAUUGCGAACACCAGGAAAGAGUGAACCAGUCCUCUACUGACGAAACGAAGAGCGAGGACGAACAUGAGAAAGCUGCAGAGGAUCAUGUUGCCCAUGAACAAGAAGAGGAACAAGGUGAUAGUGCUACUGCAGAAGAGCAGGAGGAAGUGGAAGAGGAUGGGGAGGAACACCAAGCAGAAGAAGAGCAUGUUGCUGAGGCUGCGCACCAUGAAGAUGAACAAGUCGAACAAGCUGAAGAAGGCGAUGAAGAUGCGCAUGUUGUUGAAGAAGCAGAUGCAGAUCAAGAAGAGCAAGAAGAUGCAGAAGAACACGGGGAUGAACAAGCUGCUGACGCUGCUGAGGUCGAGGGUGGUGAACAAGUUGCUGAGGAACAUGAGGCUGUUCUUGAAGACGCAGGUGAGCAACGUGAAGAUUCUGAACACGCAGAGACUGGACAAGUUGUUGAGCAAGAAGAGCACGAAGAAGAUGGAGAAGAGCAGCACAACGAGGACGCCCAGGCUGAGGGUGGCGAAGUGGAGGUAGAGCAAGCGGAUGCUGAAGAGGCCCAGCAGGAUGACGAAAACGUCGAUGCCGAAGUUCAGGAAGAUGCAAAUGAAAACGAGGAACAGGCAGAAGUUGAAGCGGUUCAUGUUGAUGACCACGACAAAGAAGAGGAAAAAGAGGAAGUUUCCGAAGAACCUGGAAGCUCGACUUCUUCCGGCAAGGCUACAGACGCCACUGAAGGUCAGAAUAAGCGUGAAUCUGCUUGUACACCUAGAGAACAUGAUCGUGCUGCGUCUGAGGAACAUGAACAGGAAGAAGCUGGUGAUCAUAACGUCGAAGAGCAUGCUGAGGCUGCGGAGGGUGCUGAAGAAGAGGUUGAGCACC